AUGCGGGUCCCGCACGCCAGCCGAUGGCCCCCGGGCAGGUUCGCCGGAGAGGAACUAGAAGACUCGUCGAGUCGGGCGUGGAAGCCACCGCGCAGGCACUACAACGGCGGUACACAAGACGACGACGAGCUGCAACCACCGACCGGCAAACAAGCGGCAGGUAUGAAACGAGUCGAGGAGGAGGAGGGCCUCCGCUCCCUUUCCCUUCUGCCUACUUGCCUGCGGCGCUCUCGGAGCGGAGCUGGCACUAACGGUGGUGUCGUUCACCUGACCCUCGGGGCGUCGUCACAGACCGAUCCACCGUGGGAGGGCAAGGACCUCUCGUUGCCGGAGCCGCCGAGCGACCUUCCACGCCUGAUAGGCGUCGAGGUGGCCUGCGGCAAGCGACACAUGCGCGUGCAGCUACAGUUCAGCGCGCCCUUCCACGGCAUCGUAUUCUCCAAGGGACACCACGGACAGCCCGAAUGCGUCUACGUGGGGCCCCGCUCGGGCAUCACGGCCGCCAACUUCGACGUCUUCUACGACCGAUGCGGCACCAAGCCGGACCACCACGGCAGCUUCUACGAGAACACCAUCGUGGUCCAGUACGGCGUGGACAUCAUCGAGGCGUGGGACGAAGCCAAGCGGUUGCGAUGCGAGUGGCACGACGCGUACGAGAAGUCGGCGCUGCGCACGCCUUCCAUCCAGCUGGCCGACCUGGACGUCCAGGAGCUCAACUUCCAGGGCGACAGCGUCGGAUGCUGGAUGGAGAUACAGGAAGGCAAGGGUCCGUGGGCGAAGCAGGUGUCGAGCAUCGUGCCGCUGGGCAGCCCGCUCACCAUGGUGAUCGCCAUCAACGACCGCGACAAGCAGUUCGACAUGCGCGUCAAGUCGUGCGCCGCGCACGACGGCCUGCGCGGCCCGAUCCAGCUGACGGACGACCGCGGCUGCGUGCUGCGACCCAAGAUGCUCACGGCCUUCAUGAAGGUGCGCGACUUCAGCGGCAAGGCGAGCGUGGUGGCCUUCUCGCACUUCUACGCCUUCAAGUUCCCGGACACCAUCGAGGUGCAGAUACAGUGCGUGGUCGAGAUAUGCCGUCACGGUUGCCCCGACGACUGCCCCGCCCACGAGCAGCACCCGCCCCACGGAGGCGGUGGUGACCUUCCUCCACCAAAUCACCUGGAGAACCAGCGGCCACCUGAACGCCACCAACCGAGACCGCCACAUCACCAGAGGCCGCCGCACUACGCCGCUUCGUCGUCCCAGCAUGAUCAGAAGCUGGAGAACGCGCCCUCGCAGCAGCAGCAGCAGCAGCAGCAGCAGCAUCAACAACAACAACAGCACCAUGAUCCACAACGGGAAGGGGUGGCCGCGGGCAGUUCCGUACACGCGGUCAAACACCAACCGCAGCCCCCACCUCAGCAGCAGAGCAGCAGUGUCACCCAGCCCACGGUGCAGCGUCAUACGAUUCCAUUUGGUCUUCCCCUGCUGUCGGUCAACGUCCUGCCUGACCAUUACUAUCCACCGACACCACCGGGAGUCCACACGGGCCAGUUCCACCCCCUCAACAUUGCCUCCGUGCAUCAGGCUCCUCCCCCGCAUCUGUCGUACCCGCCCCUGGGCCCCCACCUACAAGUAAUGCCCCGACGCCCUUCUUACGAAGAGGCGGAUGAGCAGUUACUCCAGGAAGGCCCGCUCAAGGACGUCACCACGGACCCACCUCAGUUUUCCACGACACCUUCACAGCACGAAAGCGAUUCUCACACAACCAGCGGGAAGGAAUUCGAAUCCAUCGCACAGAAACAGUCCUCGAGUAAUUCUGAGCUAUCCACUGCCACCGCUCAGCCUGAAGACAAGCCCACUAUGCGGCCCCUUUACUACGAAGGUCCCAAGUCAGCGGGAGUCCAGCCGCCACGUUCUGAACAGCCUGCCACGACGACGACGAAGUCCGCGUUGACGCAUACGGAGGUCGAGUACGAAGACGACGACGAUACGACGUCAAAUACGCCGGCCACAACGACAACAGCGACGACAACGAGCGCGAGGGAGGGGUAUUUUACGCCCACGUCUCGAGACACGUUCAACAUGCCUCCACCGGUGCGUCCGUACCCGCAGACACCUCCGCAGGAAGGCUUCAUUUCUGAGGGAAACAAGGUCGAUGCGCCCGAUCCUAGUUCGGCAAGGCCGGUAUUCUUCUCGUAUUCGCCACCUUCUAGAGCCCCUGUCCACAUCCCUGUCAAAGAGGACCUCAGUGAAACCGACGGCAACGCCCCUGGGGGCGGCAAGUUCAGUGCCAUCAGACCGCGGCCUCCGGCACCGGCGGGCCCCACUGGUGAGCUGUACCGACACCCGAGACCCCACUACCCGUACCCGAUAUCCAAGAUUGGACCGGGUGCAAACAGCCCUGACAUCUUCCAGGACAGGGUCGACACCGUCUCCGAAACCGCGUCAGAACCUCCUCCUGCUAUGGCCGAGACCGAGACCACGCACGACGCGAACAAGUCCGAAACGCCGUCGACCACAACGACGACGACGACGACGACAACCGCAGACCCGACGCACGUUUCCAAGGUUCCCAUCCAGGCUUCCGUGACGCUCAUGAGCGGCCGCUUCCCUAAUGGUCCGCGUUCGCUCAAGACCAAGCGCAACGCCGUCGGCUCGUCCGACCAGCUGGGUGUCCGCGGCUCGCUGAGAGUCAUCGCGGGCGUCGACUUGGCCUUCCUGCCCAACGUGACCAGGGACAAUGCUGCCAUCUUCACCGGUCGCUACGAGGAGAUCAUCUACGGCGUCUGCCUUCCGGCUACGGGUCUAGCCGCCAGCGUGGGCGCCUUCGUGCUGCUCAUCCUGUGCACUACGUGCAUCGCGGCGUACCUCUACUACGUGCUCAGGACGUAUGAGGCCAAGUCGAAGCAGUCGUUCGUACUCCGCAGGUUUCUCUCGACGUACAGGAACAGAAAGAUGAAGCACUGAAAACUCUCCAGCUUCGCCGUAAGUUUAUAGCGGUGUUUUGUUUCAAAGCCCGCGGAACAAUCUCAGGAAAGGAAACUUUACGCCCAUGGCGACGUUGCCGCUCAUACGUUCGACUCUUGGAUCGUGUACCGAAGUUUGUUUGUUACGUGAAAAUUUAUGUGAGUGCGCACUGCUGAGGAAUACGACGGAUCAGGGACGGCUGAGCGUGGCGUUACCGGUCGUGAUGUCGCAAUCACGCCGACAGGACGCCAUUUGUGAGCAACGACAUGAGAACUGCACGGCAACGUCGACCAAGCAGCUAACGCCUGAGGCUCGUCGAUUGACUCGUCAGUACGAGCUCUCGUUUACACUGCAGAGUUGAAAGUUGAUGGGGGAAAAAAAGUUGUUGAGUGUGACAGUAUCGCGCGAAGACUGAACACUGACGCUCGGCGGAUGUGUAGUCUUGCUCACGCCUAAGUUCAUGGCCGGGCUGCGGUAGUGUCUAAAUUGGCUUUCCCACCGAACACAUUGCCAUCGUAUACACGCCAUCAUCCUGCUUCUAGCGCAGGGUAGUCCGCCUUAUCCAGUGCGUCACUGUGUAUGCAUUAAAUAGACUGCUGGCCGCAUCGGUUCCUCGGAGCAAACUGCUCCAAGAGACAGCAACUCCUGUGUGGAACGAAGGCGUGUGUGCGUGUGACUUCAGCAAACAGGUGUGGCAUUGUCUGUUCAUCUGUCCGUAUACGUGAGGCACGAGAUGCUGGGAUGUUCUGCCCCGUGUGAUGUAAACUCAGGAGCACUCAGCUCUCCAUACCUCGGUGUCCUUGUGUAUGUGUGUCCGUGUGAAGUGACAAGGACACUCACAAACGCCACAAUUAGCGGACGUUUUCACAUCCGUGUGCUCCUCGCCGCGCUAAUUGGGCGCAAUCGAUGUGUUUUUUUUUUUCUUCUAGAGAUUCACCACUAACGAGCAUGCGCACGUGGUGUAGAACCUGUCUGUGGCGUAAUGUGACUAACUUUUGCAAAGUUGCCCCUAACACGACUGACCUACCAACCCAUUUGCGUAAUUGCUGAACAUUUAGUAGGGGAACAAAUUACGCGAGUUCACCGAUUGUCUGUCGGAACAGUGCUCGCGGGAAAAAAAUGAAAAAAAGAGUGACUAACUUGAAAGCGUGAAGAUGUGGACGUGCGCAGCUAAUAUACAGCCUCGUUUCCCUUGCGCUUGCUCCGAUUGUGCGAAUCACGCGCCUUCAUGACAGUGAUGCAUGUGAAACGUACUGGACCACAGGAAAUAGAUGCGACCUCUUUCCUUCUACGACGACACCACUGGUCUUGUGAGCAGCCUAAGGCACUGAGAUUGGAUUCCGGUGUUGUUUGGAUUAUAUGAUACCUUAGCCCGGUUGCCGAAGGUAAGUUACACGUUGUAUAGAAAGAAAACGGAAAGGGCAAGUUAAGGCGGUUAACUAUGUAUGAGCUUUGUUUGCUACCCUACGCGUAAAGAAGGAAAGAUUCAUUGUCGCGAAGCACCUCAAGUGAAGCUUAUGUUGACUGAUGGACGGCAACGUUCUAUAUCGCUGCGACAAUUUGUUUUCCAAUUAUUUCAUACCAAAUUUAGGGACCAGUUGAAUCAUAUACCCGCCUCCAUCCCCAUGCGAAUUGGUUCUGCUGCACUUAGGUAUUCUCCUGACAGCCACUGCCUAACACAGCGUUAGUUCGCAGUAGUCAUCUUUGCUGAUGUCAUGUCACAUGUCUCUCAGUUAUCGGUGGUUCCUUACAUAACGUUCUCUGGACCUUGUUGGUGCUGGAAUCAAAUAUUGAAUCGAGGCGCAAGGAACUGAGGCACUAAAUUGUCCCACUGAAAAGUGGAUCCUCUCCAGUUUUUUACCAUUUUCGUAAGAGGCAAGCCUUUCUCCGGUUUCCAACGCAAUAUUGUUUUAUGGCACAUAUCAAGUUUCGAUGGAAGUUCCUUAAAGGUAGUGUGCAUUUUUUAGAAGCAUUUAUUAGGCUCCGUAUUUCAAUGACCCACGCAGUGGCUGACUCCAGCAUUUUUGGCAUUUACUCGUUCUUGUGUCACCUAGGUACAAAUAACCAAAUUUCUUAAAACGUUUUCCUGAACGUUAUUUUUAUUUCUCGCGGGGGCACAUUCCUCUGUCAUACAGUCCCUGGUCAUCGGAGAUGGCUGGAUUAUGGAGCAACGUUCCACAAGUGUAAUGGUUAGUGGCAUGAUUAAAAAAAUGUGGAUGCAGCAUUAACAUAAUGAUGAUCGUGGCUGUUCGGGGUGAAACGACUUGGCAGUGGUCUUUAUCGAGAAGAAAUCCGAUUGGCUGACGUUAUGAGAACCUGUGUUUAACUGCAUAUAAUUUGUGCUCUCGCUGUUUCGGCAGACCUCAUACGGAGAAAGAAACACGAAUGAAAGGAAAACUGUACUGUAAGUUUGAAGCUUGUUUUUUGUUAAAGUGGCGUCAUUUGAUGGAACGACUGCGCUUAUCCUGAGCAAGUAGCAGGGUCAUUCUGGUGUCAACUUACGCACCCGACAAAAUGACUGAGUGACAUGCGCCUUACUAAGUUGCCUCCCUAACAUACUGCACUGCUGUCAUCAUUUUGAGUCGCCCACCGUACACGUCGUCGCCCAUGCCAGCCGAUGGUAAAGUGCAACUCUGACGCUAAGUUGACCUACAAGUCCAUGGGUAUCGCAACAAAAUCGACAAAAAAAGCGUUUCUGUGUCGUUAUUUGUCCAAGCACGAGAGCAUGUCAUCGUGAGAUGCAAAUUGUAUUUUCUAUUUGUGUAACAAAUUUAUGAUGUUACUUAUUUUGUCGUGUUGCUGUAAGCUGCUGAGGUAUACCGUCAGCAUAAAUUCAAACGCUAACAAAUCGAAAACGGCGUAAAUGCGUUGUCGUGUUUUCCAGGUUCGCUUGCAUUUGUUACAGUGACAAUUCAUACUCCAAAACGAACACUCGGGGCUACAUGCAAGGCGCUUAGCAACCGGCUACAGAGCGGUUGCACUUUGCACUAGAACACUAAACAUGCAUUCAGAUCAGUUACUUUCUGUUCGCGUUUCAAUUUAUGAUGAUGGCACGUCCAGAAAGACACCACCUGUUCCUAUGUCCAAUAGAAACUAGUUUCACUGAACCAGCUGACCUUAUGUGCCUAUAGAGCUGGAACUGAAUAUUGCCUAUACUGAUAAUUUCCAGCGAUAUCACUCAAUGCGGGCUUAUUGACUAGAUGAGUUUUCUUUUACUCAAAGUCUUCUUCACGUCGCUGUAAGUAUAUAGAGUCGCCGAUGGCGCCGACAUGGGGCAGAAACGCCGUGAAGUCAGCGACGUUCAACUCAGUCGAAAUCAAGCGAUGUUCGGGGUCAUCGAGAAACCACUUCUUUCACAUCGGAGAGCGAAUGAAUGAAUAAAGCAGCAUAGAAUGAAUAUACUAGAUGAAUGAAUAGAAUAGAACAAGCUUUACUUCCGUGCAUUCGGUCGGUUCGCCACAACUUUGUCAAGUGGUUCCCAGAUGAGGUUGGGGUCACCUAGGUUUUGUGAGCCGGUAUUGUGUAAUGCAAUGAUUCCGUUCACACGAUCGCAUUCUGCUGUCAUAGUCCGCCUGGAGCUGGCCGACCAGCAAAUUUUCUGGCCAUGACGGCGGCGGUGUGCCUAUUCUGCCAUUGAAGAAGGUGGGCAAAAGGAAUGGCACUGGAAUCGGAUCGUUCCGUUGUUCCUGUCACGGACUCCCCAAGACCUGCACGGAGUUGAGCAGCUAUAUAGCUGCAGCGUUUGUUUAGAGUACCCAAUUCCCGGCCCUAAAUACGUACUCCGGCCCUUAGCUGCGCGAAAGGGAUUGUAGUACCAGCGCGUUUACCGGCAGAGAUAGGGGUACCCGGCACGUCUACGUACAUGUUGACUCACAGCGAGUCUGAAACGUUUCCGGCGUUCCGACGGAUGCAUGACGCAACAUAACAGGCGUGCACUGCCAGUACAGCGCACAUCCUAUGCAAGCUAUAUCUCACAAUCUCCCUGUUUUGACUGCAGUUUGGCCAUCACGCACUUGUUGAUCACGUGUCUCAACGUGGCCAAAUCGAGCACUCAGCGCUGUUUUCUGUUUGUGUGUCGCUU